UCUCUUUGAGAUACCCUGCGUGUGUGUGUGUGUGUUUGUGUGUGUGCGUGUGUCUGCCGAUAAGAACCGCUCCAAUUGUUCCUGAAAACACUCGAAGGACCCUUACUUCCUCUCAGUCUGUAACAUCUUAUUGUCCGUCCGUUGUUUCUGCAGACCUUGCCGGUGGUCCUGGAGGUCUGAGAGGGUGAAUGUGUGCGGGUUGCUCGGGACCCUACAGGGUGGUUGUCUACCGGUUUCCUGGAGGACGACAUGGAGACGGACGGGACGGCGGUCGCCCCGGGGCAGAGCGUAGACGCAGCCGACCGCGGACCCCCUGAAGGGGACCGGCAGCACGGUGCGGAGGCCCCCCUGGGAGAGGGGACGGGGGGGGCAGGGGACCCCGAGGUGGUGGUGGAGGUGACGUGGACGGGGCCCGCCGGGGACACCAGCCCCUCGGGCGAGGAGGAGUGGAACGGGUUCCUCGCGGGGACCGCUGAGGGGCCGGGCGAGGAGGAGCAGGAGGAGAGAGUGCCUCCAGAAUGGAAGCGGGGUGACCCCGUGACCCCGCAGCACGUUCUCAGGCUCAGGGGGUACACCAGAGAGUUCCUGUGCUCCCCGGAGGACAACGUUUACAACAUCAACUUUUCCCGCUUCAAGAUCCGAGAGCUGCAGAGCGGAGCGGUUAUCCUGGACAUCAAGAAGCACUGCCCCACCGAGAUCAAGGAUGUCUUCGAUGUGGACCCAGGCCGGUUCAUACAGUAUCACUUCUCCCCCUCCUUUCUGGCCCUCAAGGAAAUUGGGGCCACGUUGGAGUUCACGGUUGGCCGGAGGGCGGUGAACCGCCUCCGGCUGAUCGAGAGGCACUUCUUUCGGAAUCUCCUGCUCAAAACGUUCGACUUUGAGAUCGGCUUCUGCAUCCCGUUCAGCAGGAACACGUGUGAACACAUCUACAGUCUCCCUGAUCUGGACCCCAGCACUGUCGCGGAGAUGGUGGCCAGCCCGUUCGAGACGCGCUCAGACAGCUUCUACUUUGCCAACAACCGGCUCAUCAUGCACCACAAGGCGGAGUACUCCUUCGACCAGCCAGAUCCAUCAUCAUCAUCAUCAUCAUCUUCAUCCUAGUGCUGGCCUAGUGAACUAGCCUGAGCCAAUGAGCCCAAAUACAAAAAAGAAAAAACAAGUAACCGAUUUAGCUUUUCUGUGUAACAAUUAGCGUAAUUUCAAGUUGAAAGAGUUCAAACUAUAAGGAAAUAUUAAUUUUUACAGAACAUACAUAUGUAUAUUUAUUACAGGGCAAAGGUUUCUCGUUGGACUGAUAAAGGCUUCUGUUGGGAAAAGAGUCUCAAGUGUUUCUGCUGGUGUCCAAACUGUUUGCAUAAACCAAUACGAUUAUGUGCAAAACUAUACAAUAGCAUUUGACACCACUUAGUUUUUUAGUACGCAUCAUGUCAAAUUGUAUUGUCUAAUGCCAAAUUUCUUGGGCCACUUAUUUAUAUUUUUAGGAGAUAAGAAAACAAUGGCCUCCUGCGAAUGCGUCCCUUGUCUUUGUCCCCCGUAAAAUCAAAACACUUAAGUCAAUAACUUAAUGAAAACAGCUUAUUGAAAAUAACAGCAAAUUAUAUAUUCUACAUUAUGACAUAUUUUUUGAAUAUGGCACUAAAAAACUCAACAUAAUCUAUGCCAUUCGGUGGAUGAAGCCUUUGGGUAAAAUAAAUGUGAACAUUUUAAAAUGGUUUAAAAGUAUUUAUAUGACCUAAACUCCCUAUUCACCAUAUUUACUCACAACAGCUUCUUUUUGACCUGAUUUUCGAUCUUGUGCUCAACAACCCGUAUCACACUAUCUGUUCUGGGAGGAGGGUGCGUGUUCCGUGUUCUUACCUUUCCUUCUCAUACACAUUGGCUUUAGUACAGGUGUCGAAUAGCGUGGACCUGUGAAGCCCUUUGGGGCUGUAGCGAGAACCCAAUGCUGGGGGUCAGAGACAACAGCAUUAUGUACUCGGUGUUUGGAAAGGCUCGCAAUCACAGCGGUAGAGUAAGGCUGUCUCAGCUACACGCUGGGGAAGAACUGAAGAAUAUGGUGUUGUGGUCAUGGUGAUACGUUUAUAAAAGGGGCAGCUUUAGGCCUCGCGUUCAGGAUUUAGGAGAAAAACCCGGCAAAUGUAAUGAGAUAUAUUAGUUUAAAGGAAAGUGUUUCCACGGUCAUCAGCGAGGGACCAGUAGGAGGGUGGGAACACUGGUUUGAGUCCCAGCAGGCUCAGUGCAGAGUGACAUCAUGCUGAGCCUAGUCCCUUGGCUUAUUUUGAACAAAAUAUUGAUCUUUGCAUUUUUAUCAACUCCUUUGACCCUGUAGCACUCACAACAGAUACUUGAUUACUUACAUUUGGUUUACGAACUUGAAAAACAUGCCGUUGCAGAAAGAAAAACUAAAUACAAUACACUUAAAUAAAAUUCUCACGAAUCAAUACAGUUUGACUUUGUAUUUCCAAGAUGCACUGACACACAUCUUAUUCAGCAGUACAUUGACAGAUCAGAGAACAAAGAUGAUCUUAGCUUAACAAAAGUGCUUCUUCUUUAAAAGGUAUAGUCAAACGUAAACAAUACGGAGCACGGCAUACUUUUUGCCAACAUGUACAAAUCAUGUGAUGUCAUUUCAAUCAAAACAUAGGAAACAUCUACAUCUCAGUACAAAAA